CACACACACACACACACAUUUCCCUCAAUCUCCCACUCUAUCUACCCUGCUCAUGAAAACUUGUUGCAGACUAUACUUAUUCUCCCUGACACCAGGCAACAUUUUGGGAUAGGCAUACUUUGGAGAGUUCUCAGUUGUCAUAAAAAGGAUGAUUUUUCUUCUGGUUUUACUAUAGGUCCCAGUCGUGGAAUUAACUUUCCGGAACAGUUUGUUUCACUUCGUGAGACUCCAGCGAUGGUGCGAGGACAGCGGCUCGGCGGAGGGACUCUCCACGCACCCCUCUGACAUCCCUCACCGGUUAUUUAGGGACUCCGUCAGGAUGUGUGUGUGAGGGCUGACGGUGUGGGUCCAGCCAUGGAGCCAGAGUUGAACUGCAGCUCUCACUGUGACUACGGACUCUGCCUCAUCCACCCUGGAGUCAAUACACAGGAGGACCUGGAGAUACUGCAGAGACUAUGUACCCUCAGCACGAUGGGAGUGGAGCUGCAGAGGCAGUCUCUCUCCCCGGUGCUCUGUGCAGUGGUCUGGACUAUUCUCUCCUGUGGCAUCCUGCUGGCAUUCUGCUUCCUGCUCUUUACCCUGCGCUUCAAGAACAACAGGAUAGUGAAGAUGUCUAGUCCUAACCUCAAUGUGCUGACUCUGUGUGGGAGUGUCCUCACCUACAGCAGUGGAUUCCUAUUCGCUUUUGAGGAACGCACCCACCUACAAGGGGGAGGAGUGAGAGCUAUACUACAGGCCAGGAUCUGGAUGUUUUGUAUCGGCAGCACUCUGGUAUUUGGGCCCAUCCUGGGGAAAACAUGGCGGCUGUACAGAGUAUUCACCCAACGCGUGCCUGACAAGAGAGUGAUCAUCAGAGACAUCCAGUUGAUGGGCUUGGUAGCUCUGUUGAUUCUGCUGGACCUGCUGGUUCUGACCGCCUGGAGUCUAACCGACCCUGUCAAAUGUGCUCGGUCCAUUGGGGCUAUGGUCAAGGUGGUGGAGAGAGAAUUGUCCUACUCUCUGUCUCAGCUGGACUCCUGUUCCUCUCUCUAUUCAGACCUGUGGGUUAUCCUCCUCGCUAUGAUGAAGGGUGGCCUGCUCCUAUAUGGGACCUACCUGGCCGGUCUGACCAGCAACGUCAGCCUCCCUCCGGUCAACCAGUCCCCUACCAUCAUGACCGCUGUCAGCCUGGUCACCCUUUCCACAGUGGUUGCAGUCCCAGUGUCACAGUUCCUGCAGGCCUGGCCUAACGUGGUCUAUAGCGUGGUAGCUGGAGCCAUCUUCAUCUGUACCCUUGCCACCAACUGUAUGCUGUUUGUACCUCAGUUAACCCAGUGGCGUCGGUUUGAGGAGGAGCAAAACAGCCUUAGCCAGAUGGCGAAGUACUUCAGUAGCCCCAGUAAGAGUGUCCAGUCUGUCUACAGCCAGGAUGAAGUCUACUAUCUCCUGGGAGAGAACAACUCUAUGAAGAGGCUCCUCAAUGAGAAGAAUGCUGUAAUUGACAGUCUGCAGGAGCAGGUGAACAACGCCAAAGACAAGCUAUUGCGCCUCAUGUCCAAUACCCACUCUCACGAGGAUCAGGAAAUGGACUCUUCCACCACCAACCUCCACUCCUCCUCCACCCAGACCACAGUGGUGCCGUCCGAUUGCUUUCCAACUCCCCUGCCACAGAGAGACGUAGCAGAACCUACCCUCUCUUCUCCUCCCUUCUCUCUACCUCCUCUGUCUGCUCCUCCGACUACUUAUGCUCUCUGUACACCUCCUUCUGAAUCGACCUCUUCUCCUCUCUCUUCUCCUCCCCCUCCUGCCCUCUCUUUUCCCCCAGGGGAUUGUGUGAGUGUUAAACCGUGCAGUGUAGAGUUUGGCCCAUACAUCCAGGGUUCAGAGAUGGAGACAGAGGCAGGGGGUUGUAAGGUUGAGGGGACUGUGUCCCAGCAGCAGUGUGGAGCGGAAAGGUCUCACCUCCCAGUCUCCCCUCAGCCCUCUGUUUCUUCCAAGACAGGAGUCAGAACACCAGAGGAGAUGGGAGGGACACAAACCACACCCUCCUGUCAGUCAAACUAUGUCACUUCCUCAUCCACUCUCCCCCUGGUGGGUUUGGCCCCUGCUCAGUCGGAACCGCCAGGUUGCCAUGGCAAUACCACAUCUCCGUGGAUGGCAGGUGUCAGGCAGUCAGGGUUUGUGAGCAGUGAGCAGCUGCAGGAGAUACUCCAGGAACUGAGCGUGGACACUGUUAUGGAAACGGCCCUCCGCUCACCAAAUCACAGCAGGGGGUUCAGGAGACCCUCUCAGCCCUCCUCGACCAAUCCCUCUGUCCUCUCUCCUCUCUCCUUCUGCACUCCUCAUUCUCCCAAUCACCCUCUCCUCUUCCACUACCCCAGUAUCUCCCCCUACGUAAUGAGGAAACGCAGACCUCCGUUCCAUUCCCCCAGAGGGGGGCCUCCGCUCUGUUACUACCCAGGCUCCAAGCCUCCUGGUUGGGGAAGGAGGAGGGGCACGGGGCUCUCACAACCAGACAAGCACCCCUCAAAAACACAACCUCUGCUCAAUCCUGUCGCCACAGAGACUAAUCUUCUCCGCCCCGACGACAGUGAUGGAGAAGAAGGCGUAGAGGCGUGGCAUAGGAUAAGAAACAGCUGCGGGAGGCGCGGCUCAAGGCGGGAGCACCGGCCACCACCCCUUCGAAAAUGCCCUCCAGAUGGUGAUGGGGGAGGUGAGGGAGGGCCAGACAGAGACCGUGGCAGGGACUCGUAUGGCUACUGGGACUCAGACUCCAGCAGCUUGGCUGACUACUCCUACUACCAUCGUCCCUACUGCAACGCCUGCCUGCAACACGGCUCAUACCCCUCCAGCGACAGCUCCUCCUCAGACUCCUCGGACAGUGAGUAUGGCGGCUUCACCAGCCUCUGCCGCUCCACACAUCCGGUGGUCAACUUCAAGGAGGACCUCAAACCGACCUUCGUAUGAGCCUGCCUGGAACCUAGACUGAACCGGUGCUGCGGAAGAAUCAUUCAAGUCAAACUGUGUUGUAAUUUACUUUCAAUGGCCAGUUCACGAAAGAACAAUUGAGUUUACACACUGUUGUAACACUAUUUAGAAGUGGUAAGUUGAGCAGGAACUAAUGCUAGAAAAGCUUGCCUGAUUUUGAAUUCAACAAUUUAUCUUCCUUAUGUAUGUGUGGAGUACGAGUACCCUAGCAACACAUUACCUCACAGCAAUCACAUUAAAGGCGUUUUAAUUGUUUGCAAGUGCUUUAGAAAUGGGACCAAGAUGGAGAAAGUCAAUCAAUGGGUUGAGUUUGCUGUAUGAUGAUUGGGAUCUGAUUUUAAUUUAUUGACUUUGUCUUUAACUUAUUGCACUGACUGCCAUUGUCUCUAGGUCAUGUUAAAGAAACUGUAUAUUUGUAGCUAAACAAGAUACAAUAUUUAGAUCAUAUAGAUUGUUGCAUGUUACAAAAAUAACACUGGAUUUUAUUGAUCUGUUACCACCUCUUUUAAUCCCCCCUACCUUGAAUAGUGCCCACCAGGGAUGUAUGCAGUCACCAUUGUAAAGAAUACUAUUAUAACCAUUUUGUCUGAGUUUUUAUGAUCUUUAUGCUUUGGUUUACCUUUUUAUACAUCAAAACCCCUCAAUGCACUACGUUGGUAAUGUUAUUGAUUUGAGUGUUAUGUGUGUGUGAGUGCGUACGUGCGUGUUUGUGUGCACAAUGUACUGUAUUCAUUGCAUUUUAUUUGGAGGCUCUGCCUCCAAUUCUAUCAAUUGUAAUUCUCUGUGCGCUGAUUGAUUAUUAAAUGGCCUAUUGACCUUUGCCUUCCGGUCCCCUCUGGUCCCAAUUCACCCAG